ACAAGUAACAACUAUUUUCUAAAUGAACUAUACAUUUUUCCAAAAUUAAAAAAUCAUAUGUGUUCUAUUUUGUUCAUAAUGCUGCAAUUAUCGGAAUGUGCAUUGGUAUUAUGUGCCACUAUCGAUUUUCAGUGCUGUAAAAAGUCUUAAAUGCUUUGAAUUCUUUGAAAAAGUAUUUAAGUCAUUACCUACUCACAGUGUUGGGAAAUAUCUAGAUAAAAAUGAUUUAUCUUUUAUCUCAUCUAGAUAAAUUUUAGCCAAGUUAUAUUUAUCUUUAUCUAGAUAAAAUUCUAGUUAUCUAUGAGUACAUAUCUAGGUAAUUUAUUUGUGGACUUUUGUGGAAAUUGUUAUGUUAUUUAAAUUUACGUAAUUUUCUGUAUACCGUAUACCUAUUACACGGGAAACAAACGUUUGGUAAAAUGCAUAGACAUAUUAACUAAUAGUUAAUAUGUCUAUGGUAAAAUGUAUUAUCAUAUCAGGUAUUCCAAUAAGGAUGUUUAUUAUUAAACUGGAAUUUCACAUCGUAAAUAUUAAAACGAUCUAGAAGUAUAAAAUUAAAAAUAUGUCAUGUUACCUAGUAACUUGAGAGAGCAACUAAUAAUAGCAAAAUCGAAAACAUCUAUCCCUGCUGCCCGUAUGACGAUGGUCGUCUUAAUUAGCAGAUACUCAUUUCAAAGAAUUAUGUAUAAAAUGUAAACAAAUAAUAAUUAUCAAUAGGUACUCAUCGUGUUGAGUCGACGAAAAUAAAAAAACAUUCAUGGACACACAAGCAUAAUAUAUUUAUAUAUAUUAUAUACUUUUAUAUUUUAUAUUUAUAAUAUCUACAUAGUGAUCAUUACUCAUUUUUCAUUAGUGGUAGUUAUUAAUAUAAUUCCCAGUAUUCAGAAAAUCAGAACUCGCCGUUCUCAGUUAUCACUUAACAACAAACUCAGACUACAGCCAUUAUAAAAAAUGUUAUUGGUGCUACGCAGAAAAAUGAACUUGCCAACAUCUUAAAGGAUGUACAUUUUAGCUUAUUAACUGAUGAGUCGACUGACAUUGGAACCAUUAAAACAUCAUGUGUAGUUGUACGAUAUUAUGAUAAAGGUUCAAACCGAAUUGAAAGUACAUUUUGGGAAUUGCACAACGUGUUUGAUACCAAUAAUCCAUCUUCGGCAACCGCUGAACAUUUAUAUAAUGGCUUAAUAAGAACUCUAAGUGAUUUUAAUAUACCAUUAUCUAACAUAAUUGGUUUUGGUUCAGAUGGUUGCAACGUGAUGAUGGGAGCGAAUAACUCUGUUGCUUCUAGGUUGCAUGUCUCUUGCCCAGGUAUAUUUAUUAUGAAGUGUGUGUGCCAUUCUGCUCAUCUCUGUGUCAGUGAAGCGUGCAAGUAUCUGCCACGCUCAUGUGAAGAUUUGGCAAGAAAUAUAUACAAUUUUUUAAAAAGCAGCUCAAAGCGCCAAAGUGAGCUAAAACAAUUUCAGCGUUUUAUGGAUAUCGAACCACAUAAAAUGUUGCAUCCGUCCCAGACAAGAUGGUUAUCCCUUGGUGCUGUGGUCUCAAGACUCCUGGAACAAUGGGACGCCUUGAAAUUGUUUUUUACUGACACAUAUUUAUCUCAGCGAUUAAUAGCCACAGAACACAUAUAUCAAAAUUUAAAUGAUCCUUUCAUGAAGCUAUACUACUACUUUCUAGAUUGGAUUCUACCAAUGUUCAACAAAUUCAACAGUUUUUUUCAAACCAAGGAAGUAGUGGUAAAUGAUUUACACGACAUGAUCAUCGAACUAUACACAGAAAUCCUUCAAUGUUUUUUGAAGAAGGAUUAUAUUUCUAGAACACCAUUAAAUGAAAUAAAUCCAAAAAACAGUAUGUACCAGUUGAUUAACAAUCAGCUUUAUUUGGGCAUAAGUGUGAUGAGGUAUAAAGAAAAACCAGAAAUUGUGAAAGAUCAGCAUCGUCUAAAAGAUUUUUAUGAAAAGUGUAGGCAGUUUUUACAAGCAGCUACAGUUGAAAUCAAAAAAAGAUACAACAUGAAUGAUCCUGUAUUGUCCAAACUCAAAUCACUUAAACCAAUAAAUGCAACAUCAUUGAGUUUUAGAGAUGAAAUUCCUUCUUUAUUGCCAUUAAUGACAACUUUACCUAGGAUCGUUCCAGAAGACAACAGCCAAUUGAUGCAAUCUAUUGAUAGCCAAUGGCGUAGACUGCCCCUCACACUAUCUAAUUUAAAUGAGGAUAUAAAUAUUAAAUAUCCUGAUUUAUUUUGGUCAGCAGUAAAACAGCUUGGUGACUAUAGUGAGCUAGCUGAUUUUGCUUUAUCAGUAUUAAGUUUGCCCCAUGCUAAUGCUGACUGCGAAAGAGUAUUUUCAACAGUAAACUGUAUGAAAACCAAAUUGAGAAACCGACUAAACACCGAAACUAUAAAUGGGGCGCUGCAUACGAAACAGCACAUAAAAGGUGGCAGAGACAGUGGGAAAAAUUGUGUCAACUUUCAGCCCAACAAUGAAAUGUUUAGUCGAAUGACAAAAAACAUAUUGUAUGAGAAAUCAGGCGAUAACAAAGGUACCAUAGAUCAUAGAUGAUAAUAUAUUUAAUGUAUUGAGAUUUGAAAUUGAGGAAGAAGACUGAUGAAUGAUGACCAUUGUGAUAUUUUAUUAUUUAUAAACUGUUUUAUUUAACCAAAAGUUAAGCUACAAAUGUUUUUAGUUUU